AUGGCGCCAUCUCCACCGUGCGCCCAGGAGGGGCUGGGAAUCAAGGAGGAGGAGGACCCGGCGGUGGGAACAUCGCUGGGCUCGCUGGCAAAGCUAUCGCGGUCCGGUUACCACAAAAGGUUGUUUGAAAAUGCAUCAAAAUGCCACUCAGGAGAACAAGUCUCAGGUGUACUACUUCUCUAUUCCAGUUGUGUUCUUCAUGUAGUAGAGUCUUGCAUUGGUACAAUACAUCUUAUCAUCCAAGAUUUAGCUUCUCUCCAAAAUGAAGGACGAUGGAAUUCGCUCUUUCCACUCAGUGCUUUACUCCAGGAAAUUAAAGUUUUAGUGGUGUCGCAUAACAUCCCAACCAGACUGUUCCCAGACUGGUAUGUUACAACAGUGACGCCUCCUGUGACAUACCUGCAAGAUGCAACACAGUCACAGUCUACAGUAGAGGUAGUCACAGAGUGUCUGACUCUCCUCUUCAAACUGGCAGCCUAUGUUCCAAAAAUGUUUGAGGAUGACAGUGAUGAUCUGAAUAACAAUCUACAUACUCUUGCACCCGAGCUGCUAAUCCCAGCAGAGACAAUUAACUAUUUGUGUAACACUGAAGAAUGUGCAAGUCCAGAAGAAUUUCUGAAAAUGUAUUUAAAUCCUUUACAACCUGCUAUGGAUUCAGAAACUGUAUGGCCUAUCCCAUCACAUUUCUUUCCAUGAUAUGGGCUG